AUGGAAACAAUUACUUCUCGUCCGCUCAUUAAAGCGCAGAAGUUUGUAAGCAAAGAAGAAUUGAUGAAGUUAGUCGACAUCUACAUGGAUAGGACUUUUGACGAGGAUAUGCAAGUUAUCGAAGAUACUGGAGGGAUAAAAGAAUUUGAGAGCUUACUGGGGGUAGAAUUUUCUCAGGGCUUGAAAUCUGAUGAAGAUCCCUCUGAAAGAAUUUCUCACUUUGGGUCAAACAAGAAAACUGAUAAAGAGCCACCAUCUUUCUGGAAAAUGUGUUGGCAAAUUUUUAAGGAUAAAAUAUUAAUAACCCUCUCAGUGCUUGGAUUCAUCAGCCUCGUUAUUGGCGCCACUCUGGCUGAGCAUCCCGAAUAUGGCUGGAUUGAAGGCUUCAGCAUUUUAGUGUCAGUGGUUGUUAUUGUGUUUGUAACAGCAAUAAAUGACUAUCAAAAAGAAAAGAAAUUCUUCGAGCUUCAGAGCAUUCAUAAGGAUAGACAGCAUUUCACCAUACUUCGAGAUGGAAGCUAUAAAACAAUUCAUCCUGAUGAAAUAUUGGUUGGAGACAUUUUGAAAAUAGACCAAGGCUGUAUUAUUCCUGUUGACGGAAUUAUUAUAGCUUCUCAUCACCUUCAGGUCAAUGAAGCUUCUUUAACUGGCGAAAAUGAUAACUUACAUAAAGCUUCCUACGAAAAAUGCAUCAAAAAAAUAGAGGAAUACUUAGAAAACAAUGUCCCAGGGCAAAGCAGUAAGCACGAUAUCCCAUCACCAAUUUGCAUAUCAGGAACUAAUGUCGUAGAAGGAAUAGGUGAAAUGCUAGUCAUUGCUGUUGGUGAAAAUUCAAAAGAAGGAAGGAUUAAAGGACUUAGUAUAGGGGAAGACGAAAAUACUCCGCUUAAGACAAAAAUUGACAAUCUCAUGAAUAAAGUUUCAAACUUAGCAAUAGCAAUUAGCUUUACUUCAGUUUUUAUACUAUAUAUCCGAUUUUUUAUUGAAUUAGGAGUUGGAACAGCAGCAUGGGAUACAGAUGAUGGAAUAAGAACGUUAAUUGGAUUUGUGGUUGAAGGAAUCGUUAUCCUUGUAGUUGCUAUACCUGAAGGGUUGCCUCUUGCUGUCACUCUGACAUUAGCUUAUUCUGUCAAAAAAAUGCAGCAGGAUCACAAUUUAGUAAAGAAAAUCCGGGCUUGCGAAAUCAUGGGAGGGGCUGACACUAUUUGUUCAGAUAAGACAGGAACGUUAACCAAAAACGAAAUGGAAGUCAAAUCCUUCUCAAUUAAUUCUACUAUUUAUGAACGAUCUGAGCUAAAUCAGCUAUUUCAAAAUCAUGAUGACUAUCUAGGCUUUUUUAAAGAUGCAAUAUCACUUACCACGACUGCACGAAUUGAUGAAGAUAAGAGAGAAAUAGGAUCAAAAACUGAACUAGCUAUGAUAAAACUUCUGAAUAGCUUAGGUAUCACAGAUUAUGAAUAUAUCAGAGAUUACUAUAAAGGAAAAAUCAUUGCAAAAAACCCUUUCAGCUCUGUAAGAAAAAGAAGUAGCAUAAUUAUUCAAUAUAAUGAAGAUAUCAAAAGAAUUUACGUUUUGGGAGCUUCUGAAUAUAUUCUUUCAUCGUGUACGCAUACGCUUACGCCUGAAGCAACUAUAAAUAAGAUUAAAAAAAUUCAGAGAACCAAAUCAAAUAAGGAUAUAAACGAAAUGGCCUCAGAAGGGCUAAGAACUAUUGGCCUAGCAUUUAAAGAUUUGAGUGAAAGCGACUUGGACCAGGCAAUUAAUAUCAAAAACUAUCAUGCUUCUCUUGAAGAAACAGAUUUAGUGCUUAUAGGCAUAUUUGGAAUCUAUGAUCCCCCUAGAGACGAAGUGCAAAAAGCUAUUGAAGACUGUAAAGCAGCCAGUAUUAAAGUUCGAAUGGUAACAGGGGACAAUAAGGCCACAGCAUUCUCUAUUGCGAAAUCUAUAGGCAUUGCUAAUAAAAACAGCCUUGUGCUAUCUGGAGAAGAGUUCAGAAAAGAAGUCGAAGGAAUCGUUUGUGAGAAGCACCGUACUGAAAUCUGUGAAUGCCAGAACACCAAAGGAAAUGCUAGAACUGACGUUGUUGGAAAUAUUGAAAGGUUCAAAGAAAUUAUCGAUAACCUAGAUGUCUUAGCAAGGUCUCAGCCAGAAGACAAGUAUAUCCUUGUCACAGGAUUAAAACAAUUAGGCCAUGUUGUAGCUGUAACAGGAGAUGGGACCAAUGAUGCACCUGCGCUAAAAAAAGCAAAUAUAGGGUUUGCAAUGGGAAUUUCUGGAACUGAGAUGGCUCGAGAAGCAGCAGACAUAAUUCUUCUUGACGAUAACUUUAGUUCUAUCGUUAAAGCUGUUCUUUGGGGAAGAAGCAUUUAUGAAAAUAUUCAAAGGUUCCUCCAGUUCCAACUGUCUGUUAACCUAACUGCUGUUACUGUUGCAAUUGUAGGUGUUGUUUCGAUAAAGUCAACAGUUUUGACCGCAGUUCAAUUGCUUUGGGUGAAUUUAAUCAUGAACACAUUUGCUUCCUUAGCUUUAGCAACAGAAUCGCCGUCUGACAGCUUACUUACAAGAAAACCAAAUAGUCCUAAAUCCUCUAUUAUAACAAAGUUGAUGUUAAAGCAUAUUUUUGGUCAAUCAUUUUUGCAAAUUUCGAUUAUUCUCGUUAUGGUGUUUGCUGGGGAAUGGUUUUUACCAGAAUAUGGAAAUACAAGUGAUAUGAGUGUUUUAGUAAACCCAGAUGACUCAAGUAUGGUAAGGUCUGGAAGACCUUAUCACUUGGAUGGCUCAAAAGACUAUAUUGAUUUCUAUGAUGACCCAGAUUAUGGUCCUAGUCGGCAUUUUACUUAUAUAUUUAACAUUUUUGUGCUGUUCCAGCUGUUUAAUGAAAUCAACUCAAGAAAAAUAAGAGACGAAUGGUGGAUCUUUUCGAAUAUAAAAAAGAGCAAUUUUUUUAUCCCAAUAUGGCUAUUCACAUUUAUUGUUCAAGUUAUAAUGGUGGAAUUUGGAAGCAUUGCUAUGAGCUGCCAUCAAGAAGGUUUAACUGUUGAGCAAUGGUUUAUUUGUGUUGCAUGGGCUUCCUCUACUCUUGCUUGGAGAUUUGUUUUGUUGCUUAUUCCUCCUUACAAAGUAAAUGAUCAAGUGAACGAAGAAAGUAACUGAGACUCAUGAUUUCACUGAUCUUCUUGAGUAAUAACUAAAAGUUGAAAAAAAUUAAGAGUAUUUAAAUUAAUUCCAUAA